GCAGCAGCGACGAUGAUCUCGAGUCUUGUGAUCUUGCUGCUCUCGUCGACAGAGUCAGUGCUUGCAGACGACUCUGGUGCGAUCCCUCGACUCCCUUGACGGUUAUUCAAGAAGAAGAAGAAGACCGUGAAGAAGCCCCCUUGCAAGACGCGACGAACGCGACCGUGCAGCAGCUGUCGGAGCCUAUCCUCAAGGCACCCGAAGAUGCGGCCUCUGAUUUGGUGUCAGAGGUAUUGCCAGCUGAAUGCAGACCUGCUCCUGUUGUGCAUGACGGGAUUCUGCAGUUCAUGCUGGCGGCGCAACGGACUCGCGUGUUGUUUGACGCCUUGCAGUCCUCGCGACCGGCGACGGAAGAAGAAUAUGAGGAUUCUUCGGAUGACGAGUACGAAGAUGAUGUAUCGAAGACGCAGGUUCAGCAAGAAUCUUGUUGUGGCGACGACGAGAUGCAUAGAGAGAGUGCUGCAACUGCUGCUUGCGAUUCGAGCGAUCUGGAGGACGACUCGUCGGAGUACGAUAGCGAAUACGAAGAGGAGCCAGAGGCCGCACUCGCGACGGCAGAGUACAUUACUGCAGUUGCAGUCGUUGAGCGCAAGACUGCUGUAGAUGAUGAGGCGAUUGCUCGACGUUGCGAGGAGGUUAAUGCGCAGCUCCCAAAGUAUUCGCUCGCGUUCAAGACAAGUAUCGAGCGGCCACCAGUGACGAAGCUGGUCGUGAGUCCGAAGCCGAAGGGGAUUCUCAAGAAGCGCUACGACAUGUAUUACUAUCAGCGCGAGAGUGCGAAGAAGCUCAAAGACGACUAUAGCCAUGAGCCUAUAGCGCCAGAAGUCUACAUCUCGGUCUCGGACAGUGCUUCCAUCCCUCGACCCCAAGCUAGAGUUCAUUUCCCACCCCGACGGAAGCUGGAAGCAGUCAGGUUGAUUGAGCCUAGGUUGGGAGGGGGGCCGAGUAGGUCUGUUCGCAGAAAAGGAUGUUCGUCCGGGAACAUCGGAGGGGUGCUAGAGCGAAUAUCGCAAUGGUGGUCGUGAGAUGCUGCCUCUGUUUCUUUUCUGUUCUGCUUUCAUAUCACUGAAAACCCGAAAAAAAGGUGAAAACACAAAAACCAGAAACAAUAUCUGCUUUCUGCUCUGCUUUCUGCUUUCUGUUCUGCUGCGUUCUGCUUUACUGUCAAGUUUAUACCGUUUACAAGGAAAUCAAUCAAAAAAGAAAAAAAAAGAAUCAAGAAAUCAUUAAAAAAAAUACAAAAAAAGACUCAAGAAAUCAAUCAAAAGAAAAAAAAGGAUGAAAAUUACAAAACGUUGAAAAAAAAAAUUUGCUUUUAUUUGUUGUGUUUGUUUGUUUGUUAGUUUGCUAGUAAUACCAUGUUAUGUUGUCUGCUUCUAAAUCAAUAUGACCGUAGGUGGAUGUGAAGUGUGGUGACUGCGGUUCGUCACGGAUCACGGCUGCCUACGCGACCACU